AUGGCAAAGCAUCGCUUUGAGGCUUUUUCCUUCAAUGGUCAGCAAGAUACAGCGAAACUUGGCUUUGACCAUGGCGUGUCUUUUCCGUUGGCUCUGAGGCCGGCGGAUGGGUGGACACCAACGCUCGAUGAGGCCAUAGCGACAAUCCGCCAACUUUCCGACUCUGGUGACAUUUUCAGACAAGUACAACAUCAUGGGGGCGCAUUUCUGAUCCGCGGUCUCCCCAUUUGCACGGCAGAGGACUACAGUAAAGUUGCACAUGCUUUCGGGUUUCCUCCCCACGAAGAAGUAGGAAGGCCUCCAUUGCGCACAGUGCUUGCGAGGAAUGUCAAGACUGCGAAUGAAGGGCCGCCUGAACUUCCCAUAUGGCCACAUAAUGAGUAUGGCUGGUCGACGAUCAAUCCGUCCUGGCUUACAUUCUCGUGUUUGGAUGUGCCAGAGUCCGGAGGAGAAACACCAAUCAUUUCCAGUCUCGGACUAGCUGCUUCUCUAAAAGAGCAUGCUCCCGAGUUUGUUCAGAAGCUUCUGGCCAAGGGAGUCAAGUACGUUUACCGAUACGGUGUCGAAGACGUGGCAUCGAAUACCGGCACCAGCGUAUUGGGGGCGUAUGGUCAACAUGUCCAUCCUGAAGACGACGCUGAGACGAGACGGUCCAGAAUUGAAAAGGAGGUGCGAAGACAUAGCAACCGUUUCGAGUGGCAUGGGGAUGGGUCACUAUCAGUGACGCAUAUUGUCCCAAUAAUUCGAAUCCACAGAGACACGGGAUUGACGACGUGGUUUGGCAACCUAACAAGUGCCUGGGGCCGCAGCAAGUAUCACGGAGCCACGGAGCCGCCCUAUCGGGGCGAUGACGACUCUUACCACCCUCCACCAUUAUAUGGCGACGAUACAAAGAUUGAGAAGGAGUACUUGGAUCUCGCGCUAGAGCUUGCCGAAGCGUCUCAGGUACUGAUUUCCUGGGAAAAGGGCGACAUUGUACUAUUGGAUAACUAUGCGGUCAUGCAUUCCAGGUCUCCUUGGGUUGGCAAGAGGACGGUGCUGGCAGCACUUUGGGACUCUGAGGUGACUCGAAUUGCGGACUUUUCAGCUGUAGGACUCAAUGGGACAGAGGGAAAUUCGAAUGCGACCGAGGCCAGACUGUAG